AUGAAUUUUCAUUUAUGCGAGAUAUUUAUAAAAAAAAUUAUUUCAUCCAUUUAUUUGUAUUGCUGUUAAUUUGACGAUAUCAACACACAUUGUAUUUGGCAGAUUAGCAUUUAAAUAUAGUUUUAUAUUUAUCAGUUUAUCAAUGGAAUUUUAUUUAAUUUCAAAAUAUAAGAUUACAUAAUAGAGAAACGGCAAAAAACGCAGACUGAGCGAUUAAGCUUAUCAAGACAUAAGUUUUUUUCUAUAAAUCAAUAGCGUGGCAGCAGUUUUCAUUUAAUCGAGCAAAGUUAAAUCCAAAGUAUAAAAUGCUAUGCCAUUUCAUUAAGACAGGCAGCAAUAAAAUUAAUUUCUCAUACGCUCGACUAUGUCAUUUGUACUCGACGAAAGCUACUAAGGAUUCUAAAGAUGUUUCGGAGAUUAAAGACAUGAAAGCACCGCAUCCAGAUCCAAUGACUAAAAUACGUCAAUGCUUACAAAGAGAUGCUGCAUUAAUAAAAAACAAUCUAACGUUUUGGAAAGAUAAGCCAAAUCCCGCUUUAGAUAAAGAUGGAAGAGUUAUAAAUUGGGAUAAUCCUAAUGCGCCAAUUUUUCCAAAUUAUUGCGAUAUUUUAAUAAUUGGCGGAGGUGCCAUAGGCAGUUCUAUAGCUUAUUGGUGUAAGCGUCUUGGCAAAGCAAGUUUACGUGUUGCUGUCGUUGAAAAGGAUCCCACUUAUAAACAAGCAUCGACUGUUUUAUCGGUUGGUGGCUUAAGGCAGCAAUUCUCUUUGGAGGAAAAUAUUGAGAUGUCACUGUUUGGUGCUGAAUUUUUACGGAAUAUAAAUCAGUACUUAGGAAUUGAGGGAGAGCCUCCCGUAGACGUACAAUUUCACCCGUAUGGAUAUUUGUCACUAGCUAAAGCCGAACAUUCUGAACUAUUAAAGAAAAAUUCUGAAUUACAAAAUUCUUUGGGAGCUAGAAAUGUAAUUUUGAAUGCAAAGCAGUUAAAAUAUAAAUUUCCUUGGCUUACGACCGAUGAUAUUGAGAUUGGUUGUCUUGGGUUAGAAAAUGAAGGAUGGUUUGAUCCAUGGUCUCUUUUAUAUGCCUUAAAAUGUAAGGCAUUAUCGUUGGGAGUAGAUUACGUUACUGCGGAAGCGAAAGGAUUUAGUUUUAAAAUUGACAAAAAUGCAUUCGUUUCCGGUGUCCAGCAAGGGGAGCACCAGCAGCUUGAAUAUUUAGUUGUACAAACGGAAGAUGGCCAAUUGCGACCCAUGUAUUUCAGCAAAUGCAUUAUUGCUGCUGGUGCAUUCAGCGGAAAUAUUGCAAAAAUGGCGAAGAUUGGUUACGACAAGGAUAUGUUAUCUGUACCAUUGCCAGUAGAGCCUAGGAAACGGUAUGUUUAUUGCUUUCAUGCUCCCAGUGGACCAGGACUGAAUAUCCCAUUGACUAUAGAUCCAACGGGUACCUAUUUUCGACGAGAAGGCUUAGCCAACUAUUAUAUUUGUGGUCUUUCUCCCGAAGAAGAUGAAGAGCCUUCUAUAGAUAACUUGGACGUUGACCAAUAUUAUUUUGAAAACAAAAUUUGGCCUAUUCUAGCGAAACGAGUAAAAACUUUUGAAAAUUUGAAGAUUAAAUCUUCAUGGGCAGGAUACUAUGAAUACAAUACAUAUGAUGAAAAUGGUAUUAUAGGUUAUCAUCCGUAUCAUGAUAAUUUAAUUAUUUGUACUGGCUUCAGUGGUCAUGGUAUUCAACAAGCACCAGCUGUCGGUCGAGCAGUAUCAGAAUUAAUAGAGCACAAGGAAUAUACAACUAUAAAUUUAUCCAGAUUAUCUUUUGAAAGAUUUAUUAUUAAUGAACCAAUCAAAGAAAAUAAUAUUUGGUAA